AUGCCGCAUUAUAAGUUGACUUAUUUUGGCAUUCGUGGCUUGGCUGAACCUAUUCGUUGUUGUUUACAUUACGCUGAUAUUGAGUUUGAUGAUGUACGAGUGAAACUUGAAGAAUGGCCCGCUAUGAAGCCUAGUAAGUGAUAAGCCUAACAGUACUGUAAACUUUAAGCCUACUAAGCUUAUGUUUACCAAUACUUCGCCUAAUAAGCAUAACUUUUUAUAAAUUUGUUGUUUAGUGGAUCUUUUUGUAAUAGUAUAUAUAUAUAAUAUAUAUAUAUAUAUAUAAUAAAUAUGUAUAAUUUAUUUAGCUACAUCCCACGGAGUACUGCCUUUGUUCGAAGAAGAUGGUGAGCUACUUACUCAGUCUGGUGCUAUUUUACGUUAUGUAUCAAAGAUAGCCGCAUUGAAUGGUAAAACCGAAUGGGAAGAAGCUAAAGCUGAUGAAACUUAUCACUUCUUUCAUGAUAAUAUAGUAGCUGGCAAUGCUUAUGUGCAUGACAAGAGUAAUAUCAAAAAGGCUGAUGAUAUUGUAAGUUAUUAUACAUUUAUUUUUAAUAACAAGGCUUUAAAGGUUAACUAUACUUUUAUGUUUGUCGUUCAGAACAAAGCCUACGAAAUCUUUGUACCAGUAGCAACCAAAGCCUUGGAUUACUACCAGAACAUGCUGAACAAAGCUAAUAAUGGCUAUAUAUUGGCUUCAGGACUUACUUAUGCUGACCUUGUAGUUUACUCUCAUUUACUGACACUUAGAAAUUGUGAUGCUGAAUUGGUCGACAAAUACCCCAAGCUUUUGGAAUUUAUUGAAAGAAUUGAAGGUCUACCUCAACUUCAAAAAUACUUUAAAUCUCGUCCUUUCAGUGUGAAUUAA